GAUACAAGUGCUGGAAAACGUCGCAGCUACAUUUGGCUUUCGAGAUUGUUUCAAAAAUUUGCCUUUUUCUGUUUUUUAAUUUGCAACGCAAAAAAGGUACCAUUAAACAUGAAGUCGCCCAAGAAAUUGCAAAAGACUGGGGGGGCUGAGCUUUCGCUACGGUUGCGAGAGCCUCGCAAAGAGGAGGUGAGCGACCAAGAGGCCGACGACGACACAGAAUCCGAUUUGCCCAUUCGUGGCCGCCCGUCGAAGAAGCUGCUGAUCCAGCAACAGCAGCAGCAGCAGCGCCAGAUACCAGUUAACCAAUACCAGGUGAAGCUGCAGCCGGAACUGAACGCCGUAACGGCGGGAGCAACUGUUUUGCCUAACCGCUCCAAGGUGAAGCGGGCGCUCUACAAGAAAAGUGGCAGCGGCUCGGGCAACCAGAAAUCUCCCAGCGAGUCGUAUGUAAUGCGCCUGUUCGAGCGCAGCCUGGACCUCUCGAAAUACAACGAAAAGACUCCACUAUACCCUAUUUGCCGUGCUUGGAUGGCCAACCAGCCGCGUAACCCUGCCGUGUCCUCUUACAACACGGAGGGCUCCAGUGCCACCGUGAAGCGGGAGAGCGACGCCGAGGAAGUUCUGGCCAGGCUGAAGAGCGGCGAGUUGAAAAUGUUGACGCAAAUGCCGCAGGCCCGCUCCACCAACUUGCCAGUGGUGCCACCGCGACUGGAGUACACCAAGGAGGAGAAGCUGCAAGAGAAGAAGCUGGAGGGGGCCGCCAAGGACGAUCUGCUCUCAGCCAAUAUGGCUCGCUGGAAGCGUGUACGCAACCACUGGCAAGACCAUUCCCAAAAGUAUAACCACGAGCGAUACGAGGUCAUCGACCAGAUCAUGCAUGUGGUGUCCAAAAACCAUCAAUAGUCGAAAAUAAUGAUCUUGAAUAAAUGUUUAGUUUAUUUAGUAUGCGUA